CAGGGGGGUGCGGGUGAGCCCACGCUGCGUGGCGACUCGGACCUCGGAGGGCGACACCGUGUCCCCGUGUGUCACCAACGCACACACUGCUAUGAGCCCUGCUUCGACGUGCGUGUCAUGGCUUAAAAAUAGCUGCUGAUCGGUCAGCGGGUCUCCGGCAGGCAGCCGAGCCUGGCGGCGGCGGCGACAACGGGAGAGCAUGGCCGUGGGGCCGCCUGCGCCUGCCACCGGCCUCGGGAACUGAGACCCCGCGCGGCGCUCGCUCGGAGGAAAGCUACCUGGCAGCCAACCCCAUCACCACCACAGUCACCCCUGCGGCUGCUGUGAUUGCUGCUGCCUCUAAGAUGUGCCCUGGGAACUGGCUCUGGGCCUCCAUGACUUUUAUGGCCCGCUUCUCCCGGAGUAGCUCGAGGUCUCCUGUUCGCAACAGAGGGACCCUGGAGGAGAUGCCAGCCGUUCAACAUCCCUUCCUCAAUGUCUUUGAGUUGGAGAGGCUCCUCUACACGGGCAAGACAGCCUGCAACCAUGCCGAUGAGGUCUGGCCAGGCCUCUACCUCGGAGACCAGGACAUCGCUAACAACCGCCGGGAGCUCCGCCGCCUGGGCAUCACCCACGUCCUCAACGCCUCGCACAGCAGGUGGCGGGGCACGCCCGAGGCCUACGAGGGGCUGGGCAUCCGCUACCUGGGCGUGGAGGCGCACGACUCGCCCGCCUUCGACAUGAGCGUCCACUUCCAGACGGCGGCCGACUUCAUCCACCGGGCGCUGAGCCAGCCUGGAGGGACGAUCCUGGUGCACUGCGCCGUGGGCGUGAGCCGCUCCGCCACGCUGGUGCUGGCCUACCUCAUGCUGUACCACCGCCUCUCCCUCGUCGAGGCCAUCAAGAAGGUCAAGGACCACAGAGGCAUCAUCCCCAACCGGGGCUUCCUGCGGCAGCUCCUGGCCCUGGACCGCAGGCUGCGGCAGGGUCUGGACGCCUGAGCCGAGGGCGCGGGAGGUCAGGCCAGGCCCGCGGGGGGUCCCCGGCUCCCAGCCGGGGAGAGGAGGUGCCGGUGGCAGGUGGCGGGAGGCCCGGAUGGCCCGUCCUCCCGCGGUGGCGGAGCAGGGAGGCCUGGGCCCGGGGCUGGGGGCAGUGGGCAGCGUGGUGGGCGGCGGACCAGGGGCCGAGGUGGCUGGGUGUGGGCAGAAGAUGGGGUUCGGGCACCGCCGCGCCCCAGCCGGGGGCUCCCAGGGACGCGCGGUCCCUUCCCCUCUUCGUGCCCGAGCGCUCCCGUCUCUCGUUUGCCGAAACGCAAGGGCCGCCUCUGUGCUGUGCCCGUGCCGGGCGUGCUGGGCGUGCAGGGCAGGGUGGCGUGGAGACCGCAGCGGCGACAGACACACGGCGACAGACAGACACACGGCGCGCAGAGCUGCGGAGCCAGAGCGACGACCCGCAGAGCGAGCGGGGCUGGGAGGGCUGGCACCGCGCCCUCGGGGGCUGCUCGCGCCCAGACGUCAGGGGCGCUGGACGGGGGGUUCACACGGUCACCGCUCACUGCGCGCGGGUGUCUCGAGGAAAAAUAAAGAGAGGGGGAAAGCAAA